AGUAGCUCCGCAGAAGCGAAAAAUAGGAAGAUGGCGGACCUCCGUGGUCUGCUGUCCUCUUUUGUAUUUUUGAUAUAUUUAACAAGUGGUGAGAAGCUGAGUUCAGAGCAAUGUCGAGAGCUUGGCUUCACUACUAAUCUCUUCUGCUCCACUUGUAAUGAGUUAGCAAACUUUGAGCUACAAAAACUCAGUGAGGACUGUCAUCAGUGCUGCCAGGAAGACAAGGACGAGGAGAAAAAUGAACAGCUGUUUCCAUUUGCUGAGCUACAGGUGUGUCAAUGAAAAUUGGGGAGAUAUCCACAGGUGCAAGCUUUUGUGAAGAGUGACCGUCCCUCACAGUUCCCUGGGUUAAGGGUGAAGUAUGUGAGGGGGGCUGAUCCUGUCAUCAAACUGUUGGAUGAUAACCGCGUGGUGCAGGAGACACUCAGCAUUGAGAAGUGGAACACAGACUCUGUGGAGGAAUUCUUCCAUGAGCGCCUAAGGAAAUAAAUUCUUGUUCAGUUGAAUUUUACAUUGCUGUACAUGGUGAGAACACACUUGACAUGGACAAUAGACUGUGUCAUGCCUUGUUGUUAGCAAUGGCAUAUUUUACUGAACAGAUUUCUUUCUAUGCAGUCUCAGGAUAUUUUUUAAAUAAUCAUGACUAUAAAGCUGAUGUAAUGUACAGUGCAGUGACUCAUUGUCUAAGCAGAUCUCUUUGUUACUUGUUAUAUGUCAAUUUUGUGAAUGAUACAUCACUUAUCAUCUUUUAUUGAUAUGAGAUACUUACAACAUUGAUUUUUUUUGUUCUGUUGAAUGUUUUGACCCUAGAUAAUUUAUUAGGGGGAAAAAAGAAAUUAUUAAUAUUGUUAUUUGUUAUGUUUUAAAAAAUAAACUGUAGUGUAAAUUCUUUGUAUUGGACCACAAUUAUGUAUGUGAAAGUUAAAUUACUUGAUCAGUUAUUGCCACCUGGUUGUAGAUGUAAAAGUUGCAUGGAUAUUGUGUUAGUUUUCAGUACAUAUGGCAGUAUUACAGUAUAAACUUAAAAUAUCAAGAAACAGAUCAGGAACAUUAAAAAUUUCAGAUUUUCAUCAAAGUAAGAAGAGAACUAGACAUCCUGGGCACUGCUACAGUGGGUUUCUGUCUCCAUGAAGCUUCAGCAUCAAACCCUGCGGUGUGCUGUAGUUGAGAUACUGACAGAGGUCCUGUGUAGAUUGCAUUAGCUGGUAUUAUACAUAUAUAACUGUACAGAAGCAAUGUUGUAUAUUUAUUUCAUCAAUAAAAAAUUCUUUCAAAAACAUUUGUGAUAUAUUUGUGCUGAAAGAUGGUCCAUCAGUUUAUAGUGAAAAUAACUUUUUUCAAAUCA